AAGGCAACACAGCUUCCUUUUUUAGCCUCUAUCAACCAAACCAGCAUACCACAAUGGGCUCAGAAACACCUCCCAAACUUCCCGUAAUAGAUUUUUCCAACCAAAGCCUAACUCCAGGCACCACAGAAUGGAACGCAGUGAGAGCCCAAGUCCACAAUGCACUCGAAGAGUAUGGUUGCUUCGAGGCAUUGUUUAACAAAGUCCCUUCACACAUUCGAAAGUCCAUAUUUCCAUCAAUUGAAGAGCUUUUCGACCUCCCUUUGCAAACCAAAUUGCAAAAUGUUUCCAAGAAACCCUACCAUGGAUAUGUUGGGCAGUACCCCAUGGUGCCUCUCUACGAGAGCAUGGGGGUUGAUGGUGCCAACGUCUAUGAACAAGUUCAAAGCUUGACAAACACCUUGUGGCCUCGAGGAAACCCAAGCUUUUGCAAAGCUAUACAAUCCUUCUCGGAGCAAGUUUCAGAGUUGGAUCAAAUCAUCAGGAGGAUGAUUCUGGAGAGCUUGGGGCUUGAGAAGUACUUGGAGGAACACCUAGAAUCAACCAACUACCUUCUUCGAGUGAUGAAAUAUAAGGGACCUCAAACCAACGAGACUAAGUUGGGGCUAAAUGCUCACACAGACAAGAACAUUGUCACCAUUUUGUACCAAAACCAAGUUGAUGGGUUAGAAGUACAAAACAAAGAUGGCAAAUGGAUCAAUGUCAAGCCUUCACCGGACUCUUUCAUCGCAAUGAUCGGCGAUUCCCUCUACGCAUGGACAAAUGGGAGGCUGCAUUCUCCAUAUCAUAGGGUUAUGAUGAGUGGAAAUGAGGCUAGGUACUCAACUGGAUUGUUCUCUAUCCCUAAAGAAGGCUACAUAAUAAAAGCCCCAGAGGAGGUUGUGGAUGAAGAGCACCCUUUGCUCUUUAAGCCCUUUGAUCAUGUUCAAUUUCUUGGGUUCUAUUAUUCAGAGGCUGGGCAGAGAGCUCACUCUGCUUUGAAGACUUAUUGUGGUGUCCAAGACUUUGCCUUUUCUAAUUAGCAAAUUGCAAUUUCAAUCAGUCUCUUUCUUUGUGCAAUAUGUGUUCUCAAAAAAAAAAAUG